AUGUCUGGUCAACAAAUUGACAGUGUGCCCCAGCAACAGAAUCCGCCAGCAAAUGGUGAGAGUACUGUCAAUGUUGGACGUGAAACUAAUGCAGCUACGAUAACAGUAGCCGAAUCUGUUGUUAGAUUUAUCGCUAGCCAAGAAUCGGCAGAUUCAUCGUCGCAUGAAGUUCAACAAACGAGUGGUGUUGAAGAUAAUUAUGGGGAUCAUGAUGGUUCACCAAAUAUGGGUAACGUUACGGAAAUUUCUUUAAUAAGAGUUCUCCCUGAAGAAAGUUAUUCGGGCGAAACUAACAGUAUGUUAACGGCAGGAGCUGCAUACACCGUUGGAGGUUCGACGCGAGAUCUUACGGAGCAGUUUCUGGCUGCUGAACAAACUGCACAGGAGUUGGUUGCAAAUGCAAUGAAUGACCUGUUUUGA